ACGAAAAACAAUAAGAAAAGAUGCAUAUCUGCCGUAGACCCCGCGAUACAUCGCAAGAUGGGGCGCAAAAUGGAUGUAUUGUACCAAAGUAGUGGCAAGGAGUUAGGUUGCUCUGAAAUCGGCAAGGACGAGGACCAGACCAAGGAGAUGAAAGAUAGACUGUCGAAGAUGUCAAUUGUCAUGCAUACCAUGCUUCUCCAGUUAGCAUCAUCAGAAAGCCUCCUUCGUCGAGUGCAUGUGCCUGGUUUC